UUUCAUUUUGUUUUUUCGAAUAAACUAGUUUCCAUAGGAACAACAGAAAACAAAAUGUCUAAAAAUUCCAUAACUUUAGAUGUGGACUUUACGAUAAUGGAGAAUAAUAUGAGAAUUAUAAAGGAAAAUCCUGUUGAAGAUGAGUUCAAUAGACUUUUGGCUACUAUAGACCCUGUGCCAGCGAAAAUCGUGAAGCCGAGGCCAGGAUUCUGUGUUAAAACUUUUACAAAGCCAGACAACAAAAAAGUGUUUGUGAACAUCUGUCUUACUGAAGCUAUUCCGUCCCCUAGAGAUAUUACAAAUGAUGAGCUAAUGCAAAUUCUCAGUUCCGAGGACCCUUCAUCGUAUAGGGUGCCCAUGAGCAUUGGUGAGGGGCGAACUGUGCCAGACAAAUCCGGUGCCCCAGCAACUGUAUAUGAUGUUGCUAUAAACCCAGAGUUCUUUAAAAAGAUAGAGAAAGAUGAUUUAUUCCAAACAUUUUUCCUCACUGUUGUGUUUGAGGGUCUUCAAGAUAAGUAUCAGUUUGAAAUUGAGAUGCACAAAUUCACUGUAUUAAAGAAUAGAAAAUCUAUAGGUACACUGCAGUCUCAUAGAAUACAAGUAAGAGAUGUGAAGCAUUGUGAGGAGACAGUGAAGCCUCUCAUUGAGGAAAUUAGUGAGAAACCGAGCCGUAAGGUGACUGAGGUGCCAACAAUUAAGAAAGAAAUAGUUUACAGACUAAGAAGAGAACCACCAACUGGUCAGAUUGAGUACUUGCUAGCAGAGUUUAAAAUACCCUCAUCAGUGGAAUUGAAGGACUUGAAUCUAGAAGUGGGAGAAGAUCGGCUGGUUCUGGACUCCAAGGGAAUGUAUGAUCAGGUAGACUUCUUCCUGCCUUGCAGUGUAGACCAUGAUAUCAUCGAUGCCACACUCAACAGGAAUAACGAUAUGCUGUUUGUAAAAAUGCCGAUUAUCCAUUAAAAUAAAUAUCUAUGGCCUGAAAAAGUACUAAAGGAAUGUUAUUAUUAUAAAUAUAUCAAUAAAAAAUCAUAAUUUAAUAA